AUGAGCACCGCCGACGGGCUCGACACGAGCUGGACGCUCACCCUCCCCACCCUCGACGGCGUCCUGCCAAAGUCACGUCGCGCGCUAUUCCCAAAACGUCUCUCCCUUUCACGCUCCAUCUCCAGCCUCUUCGGGAGUGCGACCACUCUCCCCUCUGCUUCACUCCUUGCGGCAGCUACGGCAGCCGCGCAGAGCUCCAGCACACCCACCUCGAGUGAGCUGCGCGCCGCGCUCUGCGACAUUGGCACGUUUGCCGCUGGCCUCAAGGUUGCCGUCGCGGCAAGAGAGGAGCGAGCACAGGUCAAGGCCGAGACCAACACGGACCCUGAUGUGGCCGCCCACACUGGGCUCAUGCUCACAGGCUUCCUCAAUGGAGCUGUGGCCUGUUCGCGCUACAUCAACGCCGCGCUCGACGAGGACGAGCCGGCUCUCAACGAGAAGGCAGCCCAUGCUGCACUCAGGCAGUGCCUGGAGGGAACGUUCAUUCUGUUUCCGAUCCUGCUCGACGUCUCCGUGACCACCACGACCACUACCUCUUCGGCAUCAGCGUCGACGUCGACAACCUCGACCUCGACACCCUCAGUCUCGGCAGUGGAGCACGCUGUUCUGGCCUCCGUCUUCCCACACACACCACGCUCCCUUGCGCCCCUCUUUGAGCGUGCGCGUUCUCUCACAACCGCAUUGUCCAAGGCGGCCGCCCGCCCCAAGAGCGGACUCCACCGCGGACAGACGCUCAGCCCAUCGCCUGGUCCCGCCAUGUCCCCGCUUUCAGCGGCACGCCUGCACGCCGCGCUCAUCACAUUUGGGGGAUGUGUGGCGGUGCUCGACCGACUGCCUCUGCCCUCGACGACUCCGCCAGGCAAGAACAAGAAGGAACGCGCCGCCAACGAGGCGACUGCACGCUCCCGACCCGCGCGUGUCGCUCUCGAAGCUCAGUUGCUCAACUGCGACCUCGCCUUGGGCAUGGCUACGGUCACCAUCGAUGCGGUGAAGCGCCGAGCACUGGAUGGCGAUGACGCCGACGCCGAUCCCGCAGACGACACGGCGUGGGACGAGACCGCCGAAGCCGACCUCGAGGGCUGUCUUGUGACAGCCGUCAACCUCGUUCGUAACCGCCACGUGGGCGUGCUCAUCGACGCGACCGUGCGGUAUGAGUGGCUGGAGGAAGAGGAAGAAGAGGUCAAAGACGAGAGCAUGGGCUCGAACGGCACCGAGACCUCAAACGACGCCAACAAUAAUGACGACCAGGAUGACGACCAACUUGACGACUCUGACGACGACGACAUCAUGUCCGUUGACUCUGCGUACGACUCGGACGGCGCCCCGACAUCGUCCUACCCUUCCCCCCUUCGCACCCUGUUCCGCCUGUACGACCGCUACGAGGAGCAGCGUAUCGCAGUCUGGAUGUCGCUUUCCGAAGGCAGACCCAAGAUGACCCAGUUUGUGCGUGGCACAGACGGCCACGUCGGCGACCGCUGGGACGAGCUCGGCGCGUUGUUGCUCCGCAACCUCACUCCCGAGCAGCUGCUGGAGCAUGGCCUGGUACCAGACAGGCUAGACCGCUGGGUGGACCGCGCAGACGAGGAGCGCAUGGCGAGGGGAGGAGAGGGCAAGGCGAAGAAGGCCAAGAAGGGGCGUCAGACAAUGUCCACUGGACAAUAG